AUGAAGGAACGCUAUGGGAUAGUGAUUGACUCAGGAUCAUCUGGGUCUAGAAUUCAAAUCUAUAGAUGGGAAGAUUCCAAGGAACUCAAUUCAAAUAAAUCAACAGAUGAUUUAAAACUUAAAUCGAUUCCCCAAAUAUAUCAAGAAGAAUCUUGGACUUAUAAAACUACUCCUGGUGUCUCAACAUUUGGUGAUAAACCUUCUAAAGUAUGGGAUGAUCAUUAUGAACCUUUGAUUGAAUAUGCUGAAAAAAUUAUACCGCGUGAAAAUUGGAAAGAUACUCCAAUAUUUAUAUUGGCAACUGCUGGUGUUAGAUUAUUACCAACAAAGAAGAAGGAAAAAUUAAUGAAAACUAUUUGUUAUGAAGUUGGGAAAGAAAGUAAAUUUAAAUUAGAUAAUUGUGCUGAUCAAAUUCAAAUCAUAGAUGGUGAAACUGAAGGGAUCUAUGGUUGGAUUGGUUUAAAUUAUUUAAUGGGUCAAUUAGAUAAUUAUGAUUCCAAAAAUUCAAAUCAUCCAUCAUAUGGAUUUAUGGAUAUGGGUGGUGCAUCAACUCAAAUUUCAUUUGUCCCUAAUAAAAAAACUGAAAUUGAAAAACAUAGAGAUGAUAUAUCAACAGUUUAUUUAAGAAAUGUUAAUGGUCAAACUCAACAAUGGGAUGUUUUCGUAAGUACUUGGUUAGGGUUUGGUGCAAAUGAAGCAAGAAAACGUUAUUUAAAUCAAUUAAUCAAUCUAUUACCAGAACGUAAUAAUCCUUCAACAGAUGAUGAUUUUAAUACUUUAAAAUUAACUGAUCCAUGUUUACCUAAAAAUGCUAAAUAUGAAUAUCCAUAUCAAGGUUUCACUUAUAAUGUCUUUGGUUCAGGUAAUUAUGAACAAUGUCUCAAGACAACUUAUCCAUUAUUAUUGAAAAAUUUACCAUGUACAGAUGAACCAUGCCUUUUCAAUGGUGUUCAUGCCCCAGAAAUUGAUUUCUUUAAAGAUAAAUUUGUUGGUGUAUCAGAAUAUUGGUAUUCAGCAAAUGAUGUUUUCCAUACAGGUGGUGAAUAUAAUUUUUUAAAAUUUAGUGAAAAAGUUAAACUUUUCUGUGAAAGUGAUUGGUCUGAUAUUCAAAAAAAUAGUGCAAAUGGUGAUUAUAAUAAUUUACCUGAUGAUUUAUUAAAAGAUGCAUGUUUUAAAGCAAAUUGGGUAUUAAAUGUUUUACAUGAGGGUUUUAAUUUACCAAGAAUUGAUAUUGAAGCUAAAAUGCCUGAUAAAGUUGUUGAAGAUUUUGAUAAUCAUAUUCCUUUCCAAAGCGCUGGCGCUAUAAAAGGUUCAGAAUUAUCUUGGACUUUGGGGAAAAUUAUUUUAUAUGCUUCAAGUCAAAUUAAAUCUAAUGAUGAUUUAAAAGUUGGUAUUAAACCAAGUGAUAAUGAAGUUAAAUUAGAAAAUAAAAAAUUUAUACCCGGUGGAAUUGGUUCCAAAUCAUCAUCAUCAGAAAGAGAUUAUGAAACUUUACAUGCUUUACCAAUUUUUUUCAUAUUUCUAAUUGCAGCAACAGGUGUUUAUUUCCUAUUAUAUAAAAAAUCAUCAUUGAAAAAUUUUGGAAAUUUAAUUACAUCAAACAUUUCCAAAAUAAAAUCCAAAAUUAAUAAUUAUCGUUAUACAAGAAUAUCAACACAAGAAAUUAGUGUCUUGGAAGAAGGUAGAUCAGAAGCACAAAGUAAUGGUACUUCAAGUAGACCACAAAGUCCAUCAAUUGGUGAUAAUUCAUUUGCAGGAUUAAGAACAAGAAGUUUAAUUAAUUUAAAUCAAGGAUCACAAGGUCAACAAAUUUCAAGUAAUGAAAAUUCAUUUAGACCAAAAAAAAAAUUUUCAAGCACCUCCAUCAUUUUUAGAUCUUUCAAAUUUUAA